AUGCGUCAGAGCCGCUGCGUGGCUGCAGGGGCAGCUCUGUGCCCCAGGCACAGUGGGGAGGACAGCUGGCAGCAGUGCAGUGCGACCUCAGCGUCCUCCCAGGGAGGAUUUGCUCCUGAGGAGAAGCAGAACAUAGUUCUAGGGGAUGGACAUGAGAGGGGCUGGAGAGCGCUAGGCUUCACCAAAGGGGAAGACAGUUGUCUGACUGGGGACACUGCCGCCCGGAGACAGCGUCUAGGGGACACAUCUGAGGUCCUCCAGCACCCCAGCCCCGGGGCUGCAGGGCAGUACUGGGCCACACCGCACACCCAGAUUGCGAGCCCAGAACCAACCUCCCCACUAACAGACGCAGUCCAUUCUGUCCCAAAGACGCACCCACGGGUCACAGUAAACACUCACCCUUCAGCUGAGCGGAAAUCUGUGAUCGCAGAAGGUCAGGAAGGACCAGCCGCUCAAGGCGAGGGCGUCACUUACUGGCGCCCAUUCAGCAGGAGCUCAUCCGUGGAAGAACCCCCUGAGGUGCAGCACCGCAGAGAGCUUGUCCCUGUGGCUGCGGUGGGCGUGCAGGAGGAAGCAGAGGCCCAGAUGGUGAGCAGUGCCUGGGGCUCCGCAUCCUUCCUCCCUGCCAAGGCCUCUGUGUGGACGCGUGGCUGCGCGGGCUGCCGGGCCACCUCAGGUGUCUCCGGUGACCUCCGUGCACCUGCUCCUUUCUUUUCCAUCUGCUGCCGGGAGGCCUCAGACUUCCAGGAAGAGGUCACUGACGUGUGCUUUGAUUUUUAUGGCCAGAUCCACAGGAAUGAUUACCGUUCGUUUCAUCUUCUCCUGAGAAGAGGCUUUGUGUGUUUGGAAAAGAACAGUGUGUCGGCAAGAGCAUCCUGCCUCGGUCGUGACCCACGGCCCUGCGGCUCUGGGCCUUGGGCACAGCCAGUGCUCAGAUGCAGCGACCCUGAGCAGAGGGCAGCCAGGAGCGAGGGCGCAGAGAACAUGGGCAACGCUGUCCUGCGGGCGCUCAGUUGUGUGGGAAAGAAUCCGAGGAAGAACAGGAAGGGGAAUCGAGGCGUGAAAAGGAGACGGCAGGAAAUGACCACAUCUGAAGGAGAAAGUCAAGGACAAGAUGGGAAAAGUAAAGAAUUUCCCUCCACUUCUAAUCAGGAGCAGGCUGAGGCUGGCGAUGGCUGCGAGGACGUGUGCUACACCGUCAUCAAGCACGCGGCCCUGCGCUGGCCGUCGCUGACCUCCACUGACCAUGGCUAUGAGAAUGUGGAGGCUGCCCAGCAGGGAGGCAGGCGACCCCGGGAGGAGUCGGAAACGGAGUACGCCCUGCUCAGGACUGCUGCUGCCGCUGCCGCUUCCUGCACACCCGAGCACGACUACGAGCUCGUGCUCCCACAGUGACCCCUGGCUGCUGUCCCUUCCGGCCCUGGACGUGCGGCAGGAGGGCACCUGCACUGUGGCACCCUGCUCGGUGGCACUGCUGCGGUCUGGGGCGGGCACCUGCGUGGAUGGAGUGACUGCCAGAGCUGGUGUUCUUUUGUAAAUGCUGAGGCACUGAGUCGGUGAACAGCUUUGCUAGGAUGAAAAGGACACACAAACCCCAGUCCGGCUUCUCCAGGGCCGGUCGUCCUCUGCAAAUUCAGACGCGGAUGACCCUCCGGGGAAGAGCUUUGCUUGGGAGGUGUAAUAAACUUUGAAAUGUAAGACUG